AUGGAGCCUCCGAAGACGGUGGACACCUUCGAGCGGCAGUUCCAUUUCGUUUAUGAAGAGGUGCCCGUGGCCCUCUACCGCUGCACCAAGACCGGCUUGCGGGUUGUAGCGGCGCAGGUGAAGUCGCCCACAGUGCACGGCUACUUCGCGAUUCAGACAGAAGCUUUUGAUGACUACGGCUGUCCACAUACCCUGGAGCACCUGAUCUUCCUCGGCAGUGAGCGGUAUCCUUACAAAGGUGUCUUGGACGUCUUGGCCAACAGAUGCCUUGCCCAGGGCACGAAUGCAUGGACUGCAACGGACCAUACCUGCUACACUGUGGAUACUGCCGGUGCCGAUGGAUUUCUGCGAAUUCUGCCUGUAUAUCUUGAUCACGUCCUAUUCCCGACGUUGAAGGACAGCGGCUUCAUCACCGAGAUACACCACAUCACUGGCGAGGGAAGCGACGCUGGCGUGGUGUACUGCGAGAUGCAAGCCAGGGAGAACGAAGCCGGCGACAUGUGCGAGCGUGCUAUGCGACUGGCGGUGUAUCCCGGUCGCUGCAGCUACAAGUCUGAAACAGGUGGGAGGCUUAAGGAGCUGCGCGACCUGACUAACAAGACGGUUCAGGACUACCACUCUGCCUACUACAGGCCGGACAACUUGUGCGUCAUCGUCACCGGCCAGGUGGAUUUCAAAGAUCUCUGCCAGGCCUGCCAACCAACGGUGGCUUCCAUCAUGGCAUCCGAGCGGAUCCAGAAGCUGCCACCUUUGGAGAGGCCAUUCUCUGGCCCAGUGCCAAUGCCCAAGGAGCAGCAGAGAGUGAGGAUGGAGUUUCCUGCUGAGGAUGAGACCAGUGGAGGCGUCGUGGAGUUGUGCUGGCCUGGGCCAGCAUGGACGGACUUUCGAAAGGUGGUCGCCCUCAAGGUGCUUCUGGCUUACCUGUGUGAGGAUUCGAUUUCGCCGCUGCGGAAAGCACUGGUUGAAACGGUGCCCCCACUUUGCGGCAAAAUUUCUGAGGGCCUGCACGAUUACAAGCAGGAGCUCAUCAACAUCACUUUGGACAGCUGCGACGUGGAGCAGCUUUCGAAACGCGAUGUCACGGCAGAGGUCCAAGCUGUCUUCACUGCAACAGCGGCCGAAGACGGAUCGGGAAUUGAUGUCGCCCGGAUCCGCAGCGUGAUCCGCCAGCAGCAGCGCCGUCACCUGUCCGCUGUGGAGUCGAAUCCGCACGAUCUAUUCAGCGGGGAGAUCAUCGGAUCCUUUUGCUACGCACCGGACUUUGCGCCGGGAGUUGCGGACAACAAGGGUGAUUCAGUUCGGGCCCGACUUGACGCGCCGGCAGCUCUCGAGGCUCUCCUCGAGUGGAAGGCGAAAGACUGGGCGGCACUUUGCAAGGAGUUCCUCGUCUCUUCCUCCAACCCAGGCGUUACCGUUUGUGGCUUCCCCUCCAAGAAGUGUGGCGAGACGAUACAAUCGGAGGACGCUGCACGCAUCGAAGCUCAGAAGAAGGCGCUUGGUGAGGAGGGAUGCAAAAAGGCCGGCGAAACUGUGGCCGCAGCCGAGGAAGAGAACGAUGCUGCUCGCCGCAUUUCUCCCAUUCAUGAUUCCCAGGAUGUUUCCACGGUGACGGUGAAGAGUGGAGUCGUGGAGGAGGUCUAUGGCCAGGAGGCAGCCAAGCUCAAGGCGCUCCUGGGACAGACGCCGUCGAGUGAACUGCCUUCGCUGGCUUUCCAGUUCGACCAUGUCCCAGGAGCUCAAUUCGCCAAGUGCCACGUGAUGCUGCCCCUGGCUGGGCUCACAACGCGGCAGCUGGAGCUGCUGCCUCUUUGGGUGGACACCGCCUUCGAACUGCCGUUGGCGAAGAGCUCACUCGGAGAGGCCAUCAGCUACGAGGCAGUCGUGCAGCUCUUGACAGAUACCGUGGUGGAUCAGAGCUGCUCCGUGGGAGUCGGUGGCGGUCGCUUCCGUGCCGGCCGUGCAGGGAACAUGCUCCACAUGUCGCUGAAGGUCGAGCGCAGCCGCUACGCCGAAGCUUCGAAGCUGCUGGGGCGGCUCGUGGCUGAUGCUGAGUUCUCUGUGGAUCGCCUCCAAGUCGCCGCCAAGAGGAUGCUCAACGACAUUCCCAACCACAAGCGGAAUGGCAGGGGGCUCAUGCGUCUCGCCGUUGCCGCUUUCGACUUCUCGGACGACUGCGCUGUGGGCACAACGUCUGUUUUCCGUGUGGAACAGCUGCUGAAGGCAGUGGCAGAGGAUCGCGCCGUGCUGGGGCUAGUAGCCUCGGAGCUUGCGACGCUGCGGAGCACUCUUCUCGUUGCAGCCGGCCAGGCCCGGGUUGCUGGGGACGUGGCAGCGCUGGGCGACAUCUUCGGCCCCUGGUCGAGCGGACCAUGGGCAGCCAAAUUCGGGGGGUCAGGUGGGUAUGGCAACGGCUCGCCGGCGCGGCCUUUGCUUGCAAGGGAGCUUCAUGCUCUGGAUGCGCUUAAGCCUCCCGAUGGGUCGACCGUCGGCUGCCUCAUCACCAGCUCCGCCGAGGAGUCGAACUACUGGCUGCUUGAGCGCACGUCCUUCUCCGACCCGCGCUCGCCGGAUUUGCCUCCACUUUUGGUUGCCAUUGAGUACAUCACUGCACUGGAGGGACCUUUCUGGCGCCAGAUUCGCGGAAAGGGCUUUGCGUAUAGCUACGGGUUGAGCCACGACCUCGACAAUGGAAAGCUCACCUUCAGGCUGUUCAAGAACUGUGCGAGACGAAUCAAGCCCAUGCCGAUCUUCAGCUUCGCAGCCACGCUGUCCUGGAUGCUCCUUGAGGACCUUGGUGUACCCAACUUCAACCUUUCCCUGCAGGCAGCCCGCACCAUCGUGCAGAAGCUCUGUUCCGAAGGCCCGCCGGAAGGUGAUGAGGCUGGAGGGGACGAGGUUGGCCCCGUCCGAGUGCGGCCCGUCCGUGGUUUGUCCUCGGUGCUCGAUGAGGGAGAUGAAGGCGAGGAGGAUGACGUUGGCUUGGAUCCCAGCGCCACUUGGCUGCCAGGUGGCGUGCUGUUCGGCUUGAUCGAGCCUGUAGACACGGUCCCAGGAGCCAUGGGAGAGGCAUUUGCCAACACGCUGCAACGAUGUCCGCCGGAUCAGCUGCAGUGGUUGCUGAAAGCCGUGCAGAAUGUGACAGAGGAAUCCGUCCAGUCUGCCAUGCAGAAGCACGUGCUUCCCUUGUUCGACGGUUCCUGCGGACGUACUGUGUCCAUGCUUGCACCGGCGCAGAAGCGCGAAGAACUCGAGGAGCAUCCUUGUAGAAGAUGGCAACGAGGGCCUGAACCCAUGCGUGUGUUUUUCUCAUUGGCGCAGGCAACUCAAACAUUGAAGUGUACGUAG